GGCAUGGUAGUCUCGCAGCGGCCUCCCGGGCGGGGCUGUGUGAACCGGUAUAAGAGGGGACAUGGUCCGGAGGGUGGAGGGAGAGUCACCUGUGGACCUGCUGCGACACUCUGCUCCUUAGCCUCUAAUCUGCUGCCUCCCCCUGGGACCUCCGCCCUCCCGCUUCACCGCCAACAGCACCAUGGAUAGCUCCGGGAUGCUCCGCGGGCUGCUGCUCGUCGGCCUGCUGUCCGUCCUGUGCCACGGCCAGGCAUCACGGGAAGUCUCCGCAGAAGACUUUGGAGAGGAGAAACAAGAAGCAGCUGUAGACAGAGACCUGCUAGAGGCACUGGAUGUGCUCCUGGGCAGAAAUCAUAAUCAAGUCUCCUCCCCUGAGAAAAGAGGAAGCAUCCCACUGUGCGGGUUGGGGAACCGGUGUGCCAUGAAGUACGGGCCUCGCAUCGGGAAGCUCUGCGACUGUGGAAGAGGAGCCAACUGCAACUCCUACCUCCUCAAGUGCAUCUAAACCGCCCAGGGCUUUCCUUUAGUUUGUCAGCUCUGCAGGGCCAAACACAUCCUUCAGCACAGCUCCCAUAAACCAACUCAACCCUGUCAUCAUUUAUUGCCAUAGCUGUUGUUAAACAGUUGUCGCCUGAGGAUAAGCAUGGAUUUUGUACUGCUGACAGUACUGAAUAUGUUGUGUUUAAUGUAAAUGUUUCA